AUGAACCGCCUCCAAGCACCCUGUACCUGCCUGCGAGCAGCCCUCACGCCGCGCGCCGCCCUCGCUCGUCCCGCUGCCGCCUCCAUCGCAAACCCCUGGAUCUCUCGGCGAGCGCUCCACGCACAGGCGUCUGUGCCGCACGAAAGGCGCGUGCCGGAACCGAGGGGCGACUUCAAGGACCCGGUCAGCCUCCUCGCCGUCUCGAAGCGCGGGUUGGAGGAGUUCGCGGAGAAGGUUGGCAGCUGGGAGGACCUGUUCACCAAGUCGGGCGCGGAGUUGCGGGAAGCGGGCAUGACUAUCAAGCAGUCCAAGUACUGCCUGUGGCUGCUGGAGAAGUACAGGCAAGGAUUCAACCCGGCCGUCGUUGCCAUUCCUCCGAAGCCCAAGAAGAAGUUCCGCGGAUGGGGACCGAAGAUUCAGCAUGGCGUGCGGGUGAAGCGGUAG